AUGUACACUUCUCUGCUCACAACUGUCAUUUUUUUGAAUAUUGGGAAGCAAUCACGAGCUGCGGCGCUGGGACUUCUCAUUUAUGAACAUAUCAUUACCUUUGAGGACGAGAUUGAUCUGAUCUGGUUGAAGAAAAAAAGUUGGGUGACAUAUCUCUAUCAUUUUAAUGUGCACUACACUAAUGCGCUCUGGAGAACCGCUGGCUUCCAGAGUUAUGGCUCACGUUCAACACAACAUUCAAAGUACAACAAAGCCAAUAUGAAGCAGUAUCAUCCAAGUUGCGUUACUUACAUGUUAUGCAACAAUAUUAUUGCACUCCUUAUGACCGUUUCCGUUCAAACAACACUACAGCUUAGAGGGAGUCCAGCAAUUUUGUAUGAAAAGUCACCAACUAACGUCCUUCAAGCAAUGAUGGCACUCCUCAUUGGCUUGACAAUUGCUCGUGUCGAAAGAUUCCCAGUAGUUUCCACUCCAGCGGGCUGUCUCUUUGAGGGUCUCGCCCCCCUCUCUGCAAUCUUUUGGACGCCAGCACUGAUAUUUGAACCUGUCAUUUGCAUACUCAUCCUAAAGAAAGUUUUUCUGGACCGACAACAACGCAGUGAACUUGCAACAUUUCUGGCCCGCGACAGAAUAUUCAUGCAACUUAUUGGGUCAAGUAUCGUCUGGGCCCGGUAUCCAUCCUAUAUCAACCUCUUCAUGCCUUGGUCUAUUGUUUUGCCAUCAUUGCUCUGCAACCGUCUUUUGCUCAACGUGAGAGGGCGCUUUGCGAGGGGAUCUGAGCCUGUGCCAAUUGAACUUGCAAUCCUCCCAAGCAGCGUGGAUUCAUUCAGAAUGUCUGACGAGGAGUAA